AUGAUGGAGCAAUAUGAUGAAGACAUCAACAAAAAUGAAUUCUUCAUAUACCUCAAGACACAACAUCCUUGGAUCCUCACAAAGUGCAUUGAAGAAGGAUGGAUUAUUUGUGUUCCAAAGAAGGACUCACUUCCUCAACUUAUUAGAGAAGAGGAUCUCUUUUCUAACAUCUUGGUAGACACAAGUGACAAGUUCAUUGGUCAACAUUUUCGGAGUCUCACGGAUCAAAAUGUGACUUUGAAAGGCAAUCAAGAAUUGGAGGUUUUUGUCAAGCAUCCAGAAGGCUCGCAAGACCUUCCUCCCACAAGAAUACGGAUUCUCUUUCGAGAAGUCUUCUAUGAUGAGACACAAUCUAAAUGUGACAUAUGGUGCAUUGAUGAACCUCUCCAGUCUGAGUUCAUUUCCAGCUUCAGCUUGGAAGCAGGAAAUUGUUGUGAAACAACUAAGUCACUAGGGAUUCCAAAAACCUUUCAAGAAUGCACUAAAUUUCUCCAAAGUGAAUGUUCUAGUAAGUCUGUCAUGAAAAAAGUGGAAGAAUUGGUGAAGGAAUUCCAGAGAUGUCAUUCUAAGCCAGUGACAACAGUUGGGACUCUGCAGUUCCUUGUCUCAAAACUUCUUUCUCAAGUUCUCCAUCACUUUCUCUAUCUACCACAGAUUAGAGAGAAAUUUCAAAGUAAUAGCCAGUAUGGUAUCAUGUUGAAAGUGUGUAUUGAAACCUAUGUGAUUCAUGAAUUGUAUGAUGUCAUCAUUGAUGGAAUUCUUCUGUCAACAGCUGCUGAAGAUUCAGACAUGAACAGAGCCAUUCAUGAUUGCUGUGAUAUUCAACUGGAGGACUUGAAUAUCCGUGAGGAGUUUCAUAGAAGCAUGCACAAAGCUAGGGGGGAUUUCCUCAUAUUUCAAAAUGUCAAGACUCCAUGGGAGAAAAUGCUUCAAUUGUGUUCUUUAAUACAGUCAUUGAAGAGUGAAGCUGUAGAAGCUGUGUUCCUUUCAGCAGAUGACAUUCUUCCAAUUCUUGUCUUCCUCAUAGUCAAAUCUUCCUUUUCUCAUUGGAUCACUCUGAUGAUGUUCUUGAAGCACUUCCAGUUCUUUUCAAACACUGGAGUUAUUAAUGAGCCUGCUUAUUACCUCACAUCUCUUGAGGCAGCUCUGGAGCAUGUCCAAGGAAGGAAAGUAAAGAAGGAUCUUCACGCUUUGAAGCUUCUCCCAACACAGUUUCAGGUAUCAAAGGAUACAUGGGUUCAUUCAUACAUGAAAAUCUUGUGGUCUGCUAUAGUAGAAGGCAGUAUGGAUGAAAUUGAGUCUGUGCUGAGAGAUUUUGAAGCUGAGAGAAACAGGACUGUCAAGGAGUUUGCCUUCUGCCAUCCUCUUUGCAACUGUGAGGGUUGCCAAAAAAUGCAUUCAUUGAGUGACACAUGGGCUCUGGGUCUCCUGUCUGUGACUGAUGAAGAUGGCCAUAUGCCACUGCAUGUUGCCUCCAUGAUGGGACGUGUGGGAAUAGUUGAACUCCUUGUGAACCUCAGUGGAGAUGUGAAUGCACGGGAAGAGGGGCGAGGCCGAACUCCUCUUCACAUGGCAGCCCAAUUCAACCAUCAAAACAUUCUUCUUUUCCUCCUUUAUUCCAAAGCUGACCUCAAUGCCCAGGAUUUCCAGGGAAUGACUCCUCUCAUGCUGGCAACAUUCCAUGGCAAUGAGAAUUGUGUCAAGGCUCUCCUAUAUUAUGCAGAACAUACUUCAGUUCAGUUCCGUAUUGAUGCCCAAGAUAUUCAUGGUGACACAGCAUUACAUAUUGCUGUUCGUUGGGGGUUUCAAGGUAUUGUUUCUCUUCUUCUUGAUGCAGGAGCAAAUGUUAGUGUUGCUAAUCUUCAAGGAAAGCUUCCAAAAGAUUCUGCUCACAAUCUACACAUCAGGACCUUGAUUGUAGACCAUGAAGGGAAAUUUUCAAAUGCAAAUUCUGUUUUUAUACAAGCACAUACUGGAAGUCACUCCACAGCCCAUAUGAAGUUGAAUCAUGUCUGCACCAACAUGGCUCGUAUGCAAAAGACAAUGGAGAAGUGCUUCCAGGCUAUUGUUCUUGGAGACAUCAACCUUGCUUGUUUCUAUUUAGGGAUUGAACCUCUACAGAAGGGAAAAAAGAAGGAAGGAGGAAAAUGCCAUCCUCUUUGUUCUUGCUCUCAAUGUGCCUGUAAUACUUCAGUGUCCAAAGUCAAUGGUGAAUCACCCAUGACCAUAAACAGUGCCAACAGUGAAGGAUACACUGCUCUGCAUAUGGCUGCAUUAUAUGAUCAGAAAGAAAUCCUGCAAACAUUGCUGCACAAUGGUGCAAACAAGGAAACUAAAACUAGACAAGGAAUGACACCCCUUCAUGUGGCUUGUCAAUGCAAUCUGUUUAAUAUAGCAGAAAUCCUCCUUGAUGAUGAGGCUGAUCCAACAUAUCAAGACCGAUUUGGAAAUACACCUCUGCACUAUGCAUGUAUUAUGGGACAUGUGCCAUUGGUGAAGAAACUAAUUGAGAAAGGGGGUUGGAAUCUGCAUAUGAAUGUCAACAAGAGGACACCUCUUGAAGAGGGAAGGCUAAGAGGCAAUGUUGAAGUUGUUCAUUUCCUUGAGUCAUUACCUUCUGCAUCUUCAUGA